AUGGAAUUGAAUGCUAGCGUGUCCACAAAAAGGACAAUAAACCCUAGGAAGAUGGAUAUCGGAGGUAAACCCUUUAUACUCAUCAUUUGUGGCAGCCUCGUUUACUACCACUGUGCCUAUCAGAAUUCUAGUCUCGUCUCUCUCAUCUCAGACGUCUUUAUUGUACUCCUUUGUUCCCUCGCCAUUCUCGGACUCCUCUUUCGCCAGAUGAACAUCUCGGUACCUGUGGAUCCUCUUGAGUGGCAGAUCUCUCAGGACGCUGCCAACAUGUUUUUUGCCUGCCUCGCCAAUACUGUCGGUGCUGCUGAGUCUGUUCUACGGGUUGCUGCUACUGGCUAUGAUAAGCGCUUGUUCCUUAAGGUUGUGGCUGCUCUGUAUGUUCUAUCAUCUCUUGGAAGGAUAGCAUCGGGUGUUACCAUUGCCUAUGCUGGACUCUGCUUUCUUUGCCUUUACAUGCUCGCUGAGAACUUGCAAUUGAUUAGCUCGAGGUAUCCAAGGAGAAGAGACGGCACGAACACAGUUCAGGACGACUAAAUUGAUUUGAUCCGGUUCAAUAAGGAUGAAGGAAGGAGUCAAUGCAUUAUUUACAGCUCUUGCUUCUAGUUAUGCCAGGUUCAUCGCGUGUUAUUUGCCUUAUUAAUGUGAUUUCUCUUUCCAUUCAUGUCUGCAGUCUUGUGAUUUCCUUACAUGUCCCUGUAAUAUAUUCCCAGUCCUAUGAUCAUUGUCUCCCCAGUUAUCAAGGAUACAUGAUAUAAGUUGUUAGCUCACUGUUAAGAAAAGAAAAGAAAAGAA